AUGGCAGAUUCCCAGCGCGCAUCCGUCCCCCGCUGCUGGACCACCUGCACCAACUUCUUGUGCUCCCAAAAAGGAAGUCUCCUGUUUGCUGAGAUUAUAUUGUGCCUGGUGAUUCUGACCCUCUUCAGUGCCUCAACAUCAGGAUAUUCCUCUCUGUCAGUGAUUGAAUUGAUCUUUGCAUCUAUCUUCUUUAUCAUCUACAUGUGUGACCUGCACACCAAGAUACAAUUCAUUCACUGGCCUUGGAGUGAUUUCUUCCGAGCCCUCAUAGCGGCCAUCCUCUACCUGAUCACCUCCAUUAUUGUCCUUGUUGAGAGAGUAAACCGCUCCAGAAUCAUUGCAGGGGUACUGGGCCUAAUCGCUACAGGCCUCUUUGGCUAUGAUGCCUCUGUCACUUUCCCGUUGCGAUAA